AUCUAUUACUAUUUUGUGUGUGAUAUUAAAAUAAUUAAUUAGAUUUUAAAGAUGACCCAAUACGUGGAAGCAAGUUCUGCAAUGAAAUGGCAUUCUUUAAUGGAUAUAACUAAUUUUUUACCAUAUCCAUUAAAUAUGUGGAACAAAAUUGUUAUAACUGAAGAUCUUACUGAAAAUAAUAAUAGGAUAAGAAAUGUUAAUACUUUCUUAGGAUAUUUUAUUUUAAUUUGGGCAAUUAUUUAUCUUGCAUAUAAGAAAUGUUUAAAUUCAUUGCUUCGUCGUAUGUGUAUUCCAUUGACACAAAGGUAUAGAAUAAUUGAAGCAGCAUGGAAUUGUGGAUUUUGCUUCUGCAGCAUUUGGUACAUUAUGCAUAUGCCUACCAAGAAUUUAAAUUUCUCUCUUAAUGGAUGGAAUAUAACGCAUCAAGAAUUGGCUAUUAUUUUAUAUAAAAGUUUCUUCUUUCAUCGUGCCGGUGUUGCUAUUAUAUGUCACAAUGCUUGGGUUCAUGGUUUAACAAAUCUAUUAUUUGCAUCUUACGUCUUAAAUAUGCUUUAUGAAAAGCAAUAUAAGGUAGAAAAUGCCUUUCUAUUUUAUAGAGCUGUUGACAUAAUAUUAAUAGAUAUUUGCAGGAUUUUGAUAUGUAGUAGUCAAGUUAUCGGUGAAGUUGGAAAAUUAUUUGCUAAAUGGACUGCUACCUUAUUAUUCUCAAUUCACUGUCUUAAUUGGGUCUAUUUAUACAUAUUUUUUAUACCUAAAAUGAUGUGGCCAGAAAAAGUGGAUCUCGCUUUGUUGAUAUGGUUUCUUGCGGAAUGUUCUAAUUCGGUAUGGUUAAAAUUAUGCGAAUGUGCUAAAGCAACUCAUUGGCUAGAAAUUUGCCUUUUUCCACCACCAUCUAAAGAAGCAAUUGAACUUGCUAAUAUACAAAAAAGGCAUCAAAAAUCUAUGAAGAAAUCGGUUAAUGUUAAAUCAAAGAAAAAUGAUCUUGCGAAAGCAUUAUUAUGUGCAAUGGUGAUAAAGAAGAAGAUUCAUAGGAUUCGAAGUGAAAAAGAUACGAAAUUUCAACAAAAUAAUUUAAAACCUACGUAUCCGACGAAAAAUUUACGAGAAUCAUAAA